AUGAUAAAGAGGGCGGGCAGGGCAGCGUUGCAGCGGCAGGAGGAGGCGAGGCUGACACAGGUGCAGUGCACGGAGCAUGUGGAGGCAGGAGGUGGUGCGAGAGAGGCAUCUCAACCUCAACACACGGACCCAUUUCCCCUCGUUCACCGCACCUUGCUAACUCCUUCCUCCUUUCCCACUGCCUGCCCUCUUCUUGCUGGUGCUACCACGGUGCACGCGCCACCUGCCUCUGCCACUCAUCCUGAUCCCGUCCCAUCCGCCUUAGCCCCUCCCCACCAUGGGCCUGGCCUCACCAUCUCCUCUAUCCGAGCCCUCGUUCUCAUCCUCAAUAUACCGCCACUGCUCGUCUCGCUACAAGGCUUCAACGUGCUACAGCUCUUCCUCCUCGUGAACCUCAUCAACACCACGUCCUUCCUGCCUCUGCUGCUCGGCGUGCUGCAAGGCCCCCUCUCCCGUGUCUGCAUCACCCCUGCAUCUUCUGCAACUGGCUGCGCCUCUGGCCUUCUCGCCCUUGUGGUCUGGGCCAAGUCACAACAGCGCCCCGGGGAGACCUAUGUUGAGUCUUUGGCUCGGACGUUUCUAGACGCGUACGAUUAUCCUCCCUAUCUGAUUGCUGUAGGGUUUUCCGCUGUGGGGAUGGCUGUAGGUCCGUCGGAUUCCACGCCGCUUAAGCCACAGAGCGAGUCGUCCGAAGCUCCCCCGCACGGCGGCGCAGAUGCCGCCGCGAGCCACGCGCCGGCCUCCGGCCUACCCGCCUUUCAGUACGCCCACCACCCGCACCACCCCCCCGCGCGCGGGGCGUAUCCGCCGCAGUUCCCGCCUCCCCCGGGCUGCCCGUCCGCCGUGGUGGUGGUGGCGCACGGGGCGAGCGGCGGCGAGUUCCCCGUGUUCUCGCCGGCUCCCAUCCCCGGGCUCUACAUGCUGCCGCCGCGGGUGCCGCCCUCGCCGGAUAUGGUCAUCCUCGGCUACGAGACCUGCGCGCCGCCUACGGGGUGCUGUGCGACGGCGACGCUGAGCGGCGUGGGGUGGCUGGCGGCGAUCGUGGCGUUCAUCUUCUGCUGGCCGCUCACCUGCCUGCCCUGCUGCAUCCCGCAGCUGCACGAGGUACGCCUCAUUCCGCAGCUGCAGGAGGUACGCCUCAUCCCGCAGCUGCACGAGGUACGCCUCAUCCCGCAGCUGCACGAGGUACGCCUCAUCCCGCCGCUGCACGAGGUACGCCUCAUCCCGCCGCUGCACGAGUUGAAUGAGAGGAGGCUUACACUCUCCUCACACCCCUUACACUCUCCUCACACCCCUUGCACUCUCCUCACACCCCUUGCACUCUCCUCACACCCCCUUGCACUCUCCUCACACCCCUUGCACUCUCCUCACACCCCUUGCACUCUCCUCACACCCCUUGCACUCUCCUCACACCCCUUGCACUCUCCUCACACCCCUUGCACUCUCCUCACACCCCUUGCACUCUCCUCACACCCCUUGCACUCUCCUCACACCCCUUACACUCUCCUCACACCCCUUGCACUCUCCUCACACCCCUUGCACUCUCCUCACACCCCUUACACUCUCCUCACACCCCUUGCACUCUCCUCACACCCCUUGCACUCUCCUCACACCCCUUGCACUCUCCUCACACCCCUUGCACUCUCCUCCACACCCCUUGCACUCUCCUCACACCCCUUGCACUCUCCUCACACCCUUGCACUCCUCCCUCACACCCUUACCCCUUGCACUCUCCUCACACCCCUUGCACUCUCCUCACACCCCUUGCACUCUCCUCACACCCCUCUGCACUCUCCUCACACCCCCUUGCACUCUCCUCACACCCCUUGCACCUCUCCUCACACCCCUUGCACUCUCCUCACACCCCUUGCACUCUCCUCACACCCCCUUGCAACUCGUCCUCACACCCCUUGCACUCUCCUCACACCCCUUGCACUCUCCUCACACCCCUUGCACUCUCCUCACACCCCUUGCACUCUCCUCACACCCCUUGCACUCUCCUCACACCCCUUGCACUCUCCUCACACCCCUUGCACUCUCCUCACACCCCUUGCACUCCUCCUCACACCCCUUGCACUCUCCUCACACCCCUUGGCACUCUCCUCACACCCCUUGCACUCUCCUCACACCCCUUGCACUCUCCUCACACCCCUUGCACUCUCCUCACACCCUUGCACUCUCCUCACACCCCUUGCACUCUCCUCACACCCUUGCACUCUCCUCACACCCCUUGCACUCUCCUCACACCCCUUGCCACCUCCACCGCUUAUGCACUCUCCUCACACCCUUGCACUCUCCUCACACCCCUUGCACUCUCCUCACACCCCUUGCAACCUCCACCGCUUAUGCACUCCCACACACAUGCACGUGCGCCCACACUCUCAUACCUGCUCGUCACCCACCCCCCCUCCCCCCCACCCUCUUUUGCCCCCCACAGAGGUGCCAGCGCCCUGUGUUCGGCUACCCUCCUGCUGA